AUGGUACCUGUGCAGAAUGCGGAGGACCUCAACCAGCAAUGCAGGAAAAUGAGAACAGGAGAGAGUGAUGAUAACAGAGGCGACAGCAGCAGCAACGCCGACCUACACAAGCUUCCUACUCAGACAGGAUGCGGAACGUUUACUUUUCUGUCAUCUGCCAUUGCUGCCAUCAGUGGAUUCCUAAUGGGUUAUGAACUGGGACUCAUCUCUGGGGCUCUUCUUCAGCUAAGCAGUAUACUAGCACUUUCUUGCAAACAACAGGAAAUAGUCGUAAGCUCCCUCCUCAUUGGGGCCUUACUAGCCUCACUUACUGGUGGAUUCCUAAUAGACCGAUUUGGAAGGAGAAUUGCGAUUAUUAUAGCAUCUUGUUUACUUGUACUGGGAAGCCUGAUCUUGAUACUCAGUACAUCAUAUGGCAUACUUAUUGUAGGACGGAUUGCUAUUGGCAUUUCAAUAUCAUUAUCCUCAAUUGCAACAUGUGUAUAUAUCGCUGAGAUAGCCCCACAGCAUAGAAGAGGCCUGCUUGUAUCAUUAAAUGAACUUAUGAUUGUGAUUGGCAUUCUUUUUGCCUACAUUUCAAAUUAUGUGUUCGCCAAUGUUUCCCAUGGCUGGAAGUAUAUGUUUGGCCUUGUGAUACCAAUAGGUGCCUUGCAAGCUAUUGCCAUGUAUUUCCUUCCACCGAGUCCUCGGUUUCUUGUUAUGAAAGGUAGUGAUGAAGCUGCUAGCAAGGUACUGGGAAGGCUAAGGGCAACUUCAAAUACUGCUGAAGAACUCACUGUGAUCAAGUCUUCUUUGAAAGAUGAACAUCAGUACAGUUUCUUGGACCUGUUUCGUUCAAAAGACAACAUGAGAGCCCGAAUGCUAAUAGGCCUCACGCUAGUGUUUUUUGUGCAAACAACAGGGCAGCCAAACAUUUUAUUUUAUGCAUCCACUGUUUUGAAGUCAGUUGGGUUCCAGAGCAAUGAAGCAGCUAGCUUGGCCUCGACUGGAGUUGGAGUGGUUAAAGUGGUUAGUACAAUCCCAGCCACUGUUUUUGUGGAUCAAGUUGGAAGCAAAACCUUUCUGUGUAUUGGUUCUUCUAUUAUGGCAGUGUCACUGGUCACCAUGGGAUUGGUGAAUCUUAAUAUACACAUGAAUUUCACUAAUAUCUGUAGAAACCAGUUCCUGGAAGAUUCCAUUUUUCAUGGACCAGGAAACGUGAGUGCCAGCAAUGAGAGUCUCAAGGAGCAGUUUGCUGGUAUGCCUUCCCAGGGCAGAACAUCACUAACCACGCUGAGAAAAUUUGAAAUUGCUAAGGAGGAGGAGCAGAACAGCACAGCCUUGGCAGGAGGAAGGACCUCUGCAGCAAGCCAAACAGCAUCCCACAUAGUAAUAGACACUGUGGAAGUUCCAGCUGCUCUGAAAUGGCUGUCUUUGGCCAGCUUGCUUGUUUAUGUUGCUGCUUUUUCCAUAGGUCUUGGACCAAUGACCUGGCUAGUGCUGAGUGAAAUUUUCCCUGGUGGGAUCAGAGGACGGGCCAUGGCUUUAACCUCUAGCAUGAACUGGGGUAUAAAUCUCCUCAUCUCCUUGACAUUUUUGACUGUAACUGACCUAAUUGGUCUGCCAUGGGUGUGUUUCAUUUACUCAAUAAUGAGUCUAGCAUCACUGGCUUUCAUCAUUGUGUUUAUACCAGAGACAAAGGGAUGCUCUUUAGAGCAAAUAUCCAUGGAACUAGCUAAACAGAAGUAUACAAAGAGCUCCAUUUGUUGGAUGGGCCAACAUAGAGAGAAACUAGUGCCAAUAGAACUUCCGAAGAGAGAUCAUCAUGAGCCGUUCUACUAG